UCAGUUAUGUGCUCCACCGUUGCUGGACUUCGCGGUGUCUCAGCCUCACGUCGGUGUUGCACAUUGUCUUCAAGCUGAAAGUUAUUUAUUUACGCAGAAACGGUUUAUCUGAUGUGUAUCAUCCGGGUGUGACGCGGCCUGUUUCCCCCGAGACAUGAACACGUAGCUGUCGCUUUUGCAGAAGGUGGGUCAGCGUUAGCCGUUAGCUGUUAGCUUAGCCUUUCGGGCCGGGCUGUAUGUGAGCACACAGGCCGUUCUCGCCGCCUCGCUCUCGAACAAUGUACCCCUCCUGGGGGAAUUACGCUGGAUCUCAUUCGCAAAACUAUGGAGGUCCCGGGCCUCGUAAGCCACCGGGUGCCGCCCCUGCGGCGGCAUUCGGCGGCUUCGAAGCCCCGUCCGGCGGCGGCGGUGGAGGCAGCGGAGGAGGCAGUGGUGGUGGUGGUGGUGGCGGCGGUGGCGGUGCCGGUGCCGGCUCGCUGUUCUCCAGCCUCCAGGAGCAGCACCUCCAGCAGAUGCAGCAGCUGCAGAUGCUGCACCAGAAGCAGCUCCAGUCGGUGUUGCAUCACGGUAACAACGCCGGGGCGUACGGUGGUGGGUACCCGGGCUCCCAGUGGGACUCUGAGGCUCCGGGACAUUUAGACGGCAGCACUGGAGCCCAGACCUACGGGACACAAGACGAGACCCCGGCCCCUCCGGCCAGAGCACCCCCUGCUCCCAAGCCGGGUCACCAGCAGCCGCCUCCGCCGCCACCACAGCCGCACGUCGCCGAGCCACAACCGUGUCCUCCCCCUCCGGAGCCUCCGUCAGCAAAGCCCCCGGAGAAUAACGAUGGUUCCAAAGAGGCCAACAAGAAGGAUGCGUCCAUGACGGAAGACGACAAAUCUUUAGCAUUACAGGAACAACAGCAACGUUGGUACAAACAGCAUCUUCAGAAUCUACAGAAGUUGAAGCAAGAGAAAGCCAAACAGAAUCAAAAAGAGGGUGAUGGCUAUGUGCCGCCACCCCCAGGUCACGCAGUUCCUCCUCCGCCUCCAUCAGAACCCCCAAGAAACGCACCACCUCCACCCCCACCAAGAGAUGAUCCCCCAGCACCUCCUCCACCACCUGACGAAACAAGGCCUGAAGACCCACAUGACCCAGUGGAGGCUGCCCGACUCCAGCAGUUACAGGUUGCAGCAGCACAGUGGCAGCAUGUGCAACAGCAGAGAGCAGGCUUACAAUACCAGGCUCUUAUGCAACAGCAUGAGAAGCUGCAGCAGAUCCUGGAGAAAUACCAACAGCUGAUUCAGCAACCAGCAGACCUUCAGUCAAUGUCUCCUGAAAUGCAGCUGAGGCACUAUGAAAUGCAACAACAGCAGUUCACCCCUUUAUUUCAAGACUGGGAUCGCUCAUUUGUCCUGUGGUAUGAGCAGUUCAAGACCUAUCCCCACAAAGACCAACUGCAGGACUAUGAGCACCAAUGGAAGCAGUGGCAGGAGCAGAUGAAUGCCACCAAUGCCCACCUUCAAGAAAGGGUGGCCGCUCUGACUGCCAUGGUGCCGUUUGCCUCAGGCCAGUAUAAUAGUGGGAUGAUGGGACAAUAUGGCCAGUUCCCUGGACAAGACGUGAAAAUGCAGCAACAGUCACUAAACGUGGGUAUACAGCAUUCUACAGGUGCUGUUGGUCCCAGAACUCAAGGUCCACUGCCUACUGGGUUUGGGCCACAACAGGAAUCACCUGCUGGACCCCCUGUUAGAGGAAUUGGCCCUGCAGGCAUAGGGGUACAACCUUCAGGUCCCCCCACAAUUCAACCACCAAGCUUCAACAGUGCACAAGGUCCACGGUUACGCUCUGAUGGUCCCCCAAGGUUCGACCAGCCACAGCAGCGCUCUGAUGGUCCCCCAAGGUUCGACCAGCCACAGCAGCGCUUUGAUGGUCCCCCAAGAUUCAACCAACCACAGCACCGCUUUGAUGGUCCCCCAAGGUUCAACCAACCACAGCAGCGUUUUGAUGGUCCCCCAAGGUUCGACCAGCCACAGCAGCGCUUUGAUGGUCCCCCAAGGUUUGACCAGCCACAGCAGCGUUUUGAUGGUCCUCCACGGUUUGACCAGCCACGGCAGCAAUUUGAUGGUCCUCCCAGAUUUGACCAACCACGGCAGCGCUUUAAUGGUCCUCCCAGAUUUGACCAACCACGGCAGCGCUUUGAUGGUCCCCCUAGAUUUGACCAACCUCGAUUUGGGCAGCAGCCAAGGUUUGAGCAACCCCCUAGGAAUCCUGGCCCUCCACCUCGUUUUGAGCGGCCACCUUUGCCCCAGCAAAAACCACAGCAAGGUACCCAACUUAAAGCAGAGAUGGCCACUAAAACACCUGUUGGUGUGGACUCCAAGACAACUGAAAAAUCAGAUGUGCAACCACAAUCGGAAAAAGAAAAUAGCAAAUCAAGGCCAGAGGGUAAGGCCAAAGGUGAAGACUUGACAGAUGACAACUUGCUUGAAAAUGAAGGUUUUUUUGUCCAAAAUGACCCCAUUCCUCAGACAUUACAGACAAACAAAAAUAUUAAGGAGUCAGAUUCCACUAAAUCGUCUGGUAAUGGUGUAAAUCCCGAACCUCUUAAAAACAAGCCUUCAGUAACUGUUUCUUCUUCUUCUUCUUCUACUGUGGCAUCAAAAACUACUCCUCCUGAUACACCCAGCAAAUCAGAGGAAAAAUUGGUAAACAACAAAUCCCCAAUGGUUCCAAAGCCCCCAGGAAUCAAAAAGGAACCACAAGCUUCUGGCCAAAUGCAGUCGAGACCAGAGCCUCCAAGACCUAUCCCUGGGCGGGGACGAGGUCAGCCCCCAUUGCCUGUUCAAGUGCCUGGACGUGGCCGCGGGCAGAGGGGCCGUGGAGAGUUUAGAGGAGCAAACACCGUCCCGCUAGGGGAGGAGAUGGCAGAAAUGUCCUAUGACUACAUGCCACCCGAAGAGGACUCCGGGAUACCAGAAGAUCAGGAACAAAGUCAUUGGGAAGAUCCCUCAUACGAGGAGUUUGCUUGUGGGGAUUCUGAGGUGCCUACUGAAGAAAUGUGGAUGCCAGAGGAAGAUCACUUCCAAACAGAGGAAGAUUAUUAUGAAGAUUCAAUAGGAGGACCGCCUAUGGGGAGAGGAAGGCCCCCAAUGAUGAGAGGAAGGCCCCCGAUGAUGAGAGGAGGGCCCCAGAUGAUGAGAGGAGGCCCCCCAAUGAUGAGAGGUGGACCACCUAUGGGUAGAGGAGGGCCCCCAAUGAUGAGAGGAGGCCCACCUAUGGGUAGAGGUGGCCCUCAUAUGGGUAGAGGUGGACCACCUAUGGGUAGAGGGGGUCCUCCGAUGGGAAGAGGGGGUCCCCCAAUGGGAAGAGGAGGACCACCCAUGGGAAGAGGAGGACCAUCCAUGGGAAGAGGAGGACCACCUAUGGGAAGAGGAGAUCCAAUGGACAUGCACUGGGAAGGACCUGAAUCAGCUGAGUACUCGGAGGAAGGGGACCCUUACUGGGGAGAAAUGAGACCAUUAAUGAGAGGUAUGAGACCCCCGUUUCCACCUGGCCGUGGUCGCCCUCCACGUGGUCAUCCUGGUUUCUUGCACCAAGGACGAGGACGCCCCCCUCACCCACCACAUGGGCCAAUGGAUCACGACCCGUUAGGCCACGGAAUGGACACUGAUGAUCCUGAAACCGAUGCAGCAGGACACCCCAUGUACCAUGGACAUGACCCUCACAGCCAUCCGAUGCAUCCUGAUGUAGGAAGAGGCAGACGUGUGCCACCACCACACCACGAAAUGAUGGAUCCUAUGGAGGAGCAUAUGUAUGAUGAAGGAAUGGAUGGAUGGCAACCACCACAUGGCAGAGGACCUCCUCCGCCUCCACAUGAGUUGAUAGAUAGGGGAGGAGUGAGGAGGAGACCUAUGGGUCGAGGAAUGGGAAGAGGGAUGUGGCGGCCAGGUCCAACGCAUGGAGAAUUUGAAGAGGGGUAUAAUAAGGGUUUCGUUGAGGAUUAUGGUCAUGGGGAAGACAGAUUUAGCUGGCGGCCACCACAGGACGGUCCUCCUAAUGAAUAUGAGCAUGAGGCCAAGUACUACGAGUCUGAAUGGGACAGAGAUCGUGCUCUACCUGAAAGGGACUUUCCCCCCCGCAGGCCUCCACCGGAGACCUUCAGGGAUGGUCAGUGGCCAGAGGAAAGAGAAAGAGAAAAAGGUCCCCCAUAUCAAUUUGAUGAGCAUGAACGGGGAAGAGGAGAACUUAGAAUCCGUGAAUACAGGGAAGAGCCACCAUACCGCCAGGAGGAGCCCCCGUUCCAACCACCACCUUCAUCUGAAUGGGAUAGACCUUCAAGACUCCUUCCACCACCAGAGAGAGGGUAUCCACCUGAAUAUGAAGAUCGCAGACCUCGCUAUGAUGAGCACAGGGAAGAGCUUUCUUUGGAUAAACUUCCACCACCAGCCCCAACUGCACCUGUCACUAACCUACCAGAGAGCUCAGUUGAACCAGCAUCAGGAGCGGCCGGCUCUAAUGUACUUGCUCUCUCCCAACGCCAACAUGAGAUCAUCUUGAAAGCUGCUCAAGAGCUUAAACUGAUAAGAGAACUGCAAGAGGGGAAGAACCCUGGUCCUGAACCCCAGCCUGCACCAACUGACAUCUUGCCUGAUCUUCCUGCUGGUCUCCUCGGUUUGGAGAUCCCACCGGACGUCAGGAAUGUUUUGAAGGGCAUGAGUGCAGCUGCACUGACUGCUGCAACUGAACCUGUGUCUUGGGAUUCAAAGCAUUCUGCUAGAGAUUACCAGCCAGCCCUCCCUGCUGCUCCCACAGCUUCAGUGAUUCCAAAGACUGUGGAAUAUGGGCAUGGACAUGAGCCUGGUGCCACUGUUGAGCGGAUGUCUUAUGGUGAAAGAAUUGUGCUAAGGCCUGACCCAGUGCAAUCAGACAGGGGUUAUGAAAAAGAACCUCUUGGUCUCAGAGAUCCUUAUGGCAGAGACCCUUAUUAUGAAAGACGAUCUGACCCUUACAUGGACCGUCGGGAGUACAGUAGAGAGAGGGACCUGUACCGAGAAAAGCCUCCACCUGAAUAUGAAAGAGAUAGAUUUGAGAGGGAGCGCUAUCCCCCAAGAGAAAGAGAUGACAGCACACACUCCAUGGUUGAUGAAAGAUCUCCACUGGCACCACAUCUACGCUCCGGGUUCAGGGAGCGAGAGUGGGAUCUUCGUGAUCGUGACCGGAGUGGCAGUCGUGAUCGAGAUGAGCAUUACGGAAGGCCUGGCUACGACAGACCUCCCUACGAGCGGGCCUCACUGGACCGCAGUGGGCCUGAGCGUUACAGUCAUAGCUCAUCACCUUACGUGGAAAGAAGAAGUUAUCCAGAGGACAGAGGGCCUUCCAUUGCACCCCCUCUACCACCACCACCUCAGCCCCCCCCACGAGUCGAGAAGAAGCCAGAAAUCAAGAAUAUUGACGAUAUCCUCAAACCACCUGGCAGAUUAUCUCGACCUGAAAGGAUAGUCAUCAUAAUGAGAGGGCUUCCAGGAAGUGGAAAAAGCCAUGUCGCAAAGCUCAUACGGGACAAGGAAGUCGACUGUGGUGGUGCCCCCCCGAGAGUUCUUGUUUUGGACGACUAUUUCAUGACGGAGGUUGAGAAAGUUGCGAAAGACCCAGACACGGGGAGGAGGGUCAAAUCCAAGGCUCUUGAAUAUGAGUACGAGCCGGAGAUGGAGGACACGUACAGGAGCAGCAUGCUGAAGACUUUUAAGAAAACUCUGGAUGACGGCUUUUUCCCCUUCAUCAUUUUAGACACUGUUAAUGACAGAGUCAAACAUUUUGAUCAGUUCUGGAGUGCAGCCAAAACUAAAGGCUUUGAGGUAUAUCUGUCUGAAAUCACUGGAGACAAUCAGACUUGCUCAAAGAGAAAUGUCCACGGACGUUCGCUUAAGGAUAUAACGAAGAUGUCCAACAACUGGGAGCCUUCACCACGUCACAUGGUGCGCUUAGAUGUCCGGUCCCUGCUUCAGGAUGCUGCUAUAGAAGAGGUUGAAAUGGAAGACUUCAAUCCCGAUGACGAGCCCAAAGAACCCAAGAGAGAGGAGGAAGAAGAGGGUGAUCUGGGCUACAUUCCAAAAAGCAAAUGGGAGAUGGACACGUCUGAGGCAAAACUUGACAAGUUGGACGGUCUGGGGAGCAGCGGGAAGAGGAAACGUGAAGGUGAACACGCGUCAGACCUGGAAGACUAUCUUCAGCUGCCGGACGACUAUGCCACACGCAUGUCCGAACCAGGAAAGAAACGGGUUCGAUGGGCUGAUCUUGAAGAGCAGAAAGAAGCAGACCGAAAGCGCGCUAUUGGCUUUGUGGUGGGUCAAACGGACUGGGAGAGAAUAACGGAUGGGAGCGGGCAGCUGGCACAAAGAGCUCUCAACCGUACCAAAUAUUUCUAAGAAGAUAAUCUUAUCCCCCUUUUUUUUCUCUAUUGAAAGGUGCACAGAAUGUGAAAUGUGUCGCUGACGCUCACUCGCGCUGAAACAAGAGACUCAUCGAGGCGACCUGUAGAUAUCUGAUUCUUAGUUAUUCAUGGAGAAGGAUGCGGUAUAGGUUUCCUUCUUAUUUUUAAAAAGACACUGACGAUUCAAUUAUAUGAACUUGUAGAUUAUGAUUCCGUGCUGCUUCUGGUCAUCCUCUAUUCAUUCAUGUACUUUGCUGUUUUAUACUGUUCAUGUUUUAUUUACUGUAUUGUCGCACUGGUUCCUGGUCCGUGCAUACUUGGAAAAAAGACAAUAAACUUUCACAAAAUCAACAA